GUAUGAAUCACCAGAUGCAGGAUUUACAUCUGAUGAAAUAAAUACCAUUCACAACACGACUUUGUCCAUGGUGAUUAAUAGAAACAUUCCAAGCACAUAUUCAACACCAACAAAUUUAUGGGUGGUUCAACCAGUCGUUGCACCUAAUGCCACCGCUCCGAAUUCUUCUUAUUCUCCAUUUAAUACCUUAAAAUUUUCCAGUACAUAUCAAGUACAAUGGAGAAUUGAUGGUUCUGAUCUUUAUUUAUUUAUGACAAUGCAAAGUGCAAAUGCCUGGUUUGGUAUUGGAUUCAAUUCGUUGGAUGGUGGCAUGUUGUAUGCAGAUAUGAUAAUCGUGACUGUUAACAGCUCUACGAUAGAUGUUGGUCUUUAUAUGCCCACUGCUUAUCAAAAACCUGAUCGUGAUUUAAAUAGUACUUUCCUUACUGUCUUAGGCAAAAAUGUAACUAACGGGUACACUCAGGUAGAAGUAAAACGUCCCCUUAACGCUCCUAACCGAAAACCUAUUACUAAUUCUUUAACAACAACAAUUUAUGCCUUCAAUCCAUCAGUCAGUAUACUAACUUAUCAUGGUGGAAAUCGGGGGUCUAUGAGCAUUAACUUUUUUACUGCAGCAACUGCUGGUUCUUUAACUGAGCAAUCCAGAACAAUGCAAUUGGCCCAUGGAACUGGCAUGUUUUUAAUGUGGUGUGUCUUAUUCCCAGCGUCAAUAUGGAUCGUUAGGUAUAUGAGACAUAGGGAUUCACAUAUGUUUCAGCAUCGAAAUCUUCAAAUUCUUGGUGCUUUCUGUGUUGGAGUCUUUGGUGCUGUAGCAAUGUCUUCAGUUACUGUGCAAUUUAGAGUCCCCCAUGGAAUUCUUGGUACUACAAUAUAUACUGGUUUAGUUGCUCAAGUUGCGCUAGGAUUGUUGGCAAUAUUUGGUUUAGCACAUGUUGAAUCUGCUUUACGUGGGUUAAAGCAUACUCAUUUUUAUUUUGGCGCAAUAUUGAUGUCUUGUGCAUGGAUUAAUGUAUAUCUUGGAAUGGUUCAAUAUGGUGUAAAUUAUAAUGUUAACACACAAGUUGUGAUUUAUUUAUAUUUGGCUUGGUUUGUUUUGUUGGCCAUGAUCUUUUUGGCAAGCGAAUUUUAUUACAAGAUUAAGAAUUUACAAUUUUUAUGGCCAACUCGAAUGUUGAAUGAUACAACUUUACGAAUUCAUAGAAGAAUUCCUGAAAAAGUUUAUGAAUUACUUCCUGCUUAUACAUGGAGUGAAUUUAAUGAAAAGGUUUUGUCUGGUGCAUGCCUUGUCGUCGCUGAAGGACUGGUUUUCGAUAUUCAUAGUUGGAUCAAAAUUCAUCCCGGUGGUCAGAAAAUUUUACGCAGAGUGAUCGGAACAGAUAUUACUAAUGACUUCUUUUUUGAUCCAAAUGUACAAAUGGUUAUCUCAAGAAACUUUGAUAAAGAACAUGAAUUGUUACAAUCAAAUACUAUUGAUGCUACUGAAUAUUCAAACAUUCAGUUAAAACAUAAGAAACCCAGCUCUGGUGUUCCAAGUUCUGUUGCAAGAUCAAUUGAUUUACUUAAUAGUAUCACUUUUAAAAAUACUAGAGUCGCAAUGCAUAGGCAUUCUAAAUUUGCAACCGCUAAAUUGGCCACUAUGGUUAUUGCACGCAUUUCUGAUUAUGAUGAUGAAAACAUUUCAAGACCGGCUGUUGAUGGAAUAUUACCAUAUUUAACACCUAGUAAAUCCAGAAUUUCACCUGAAAUAUUUAGAAGAUAUAUUCUUACAAAUAUUGAAGAUGUUACAAGAUAUGAUUCUGAAAAUCCUGUAAAGAAAUUUACUUUUCAAGUUAUUCAUCCAUAUGAAAAAUUACCUGAAAUUUUACCUGGUGAUUAUAUUGAAGUCAUGAGCUAUGCAAAUAAAGCAACUAUUGUCAGACCGUAUACACUACUCAAAGGACCUUCUAAUACUACUUUCUCGAUCAUUGUCAAAAUUUAUAAAGAUGGAGCUAUGUCUCAACAUUUGGGUAAACAACUCAGAAAUUUUGAGAUUGCAGUUAGAGGUCCAUUUGAUGUAUCAGAACGAAUUGAACAGGCUGGAACUCCAUAUUCUUCUGAAGCAGGUUUACGACGUAGACAACGUGCAAGUAUUAUGAGUACAUCUGGCCGUAGAUAUACAAAAUCAAAUACAGCUUAUAGUGGAUAUGGAAGUGUUUCCAGUGAUGAUAACAAUAAUAGAGCUCCAUCUAGUAGAAUUUUAUUAAAUAAUAAUAGGGAAGAUAAAUGUUGGGAUUACCUUUUUCUCGUUUGUGGUGGUACAGGCAUAACACCUGCACUUCAACUGAUUCAAUAUCAUUUAGAACAAAAAGAUUCAAAAUUCCAUAUUCAUUUGCUCACAGCCAAUCAUUCGAUUGCCGAUAUAAUUAGCUUUAAAUAUCUUUUAUAUCUUCAAGAUAAUAGCGAAGGAAAAUUUACUGUAGAGUUUAUUAUAUCAAGAGCACCACCAACAUGGAAAGGUUAUGUAGGAACUAUUGAUGAUAAUUUAUUAUAUGAGUGGAUUAGUAAGAAUUAUCACCCUCUACAACCACCUAAAAUUCCAGAAAGACCAAAUAUUAUGCAAUUACAGCCAAAUCAAUCACUUACUCAUAUACAGACUGAUGAUAUUUAUGUUGAUGAUCCUAUUAAUCAAUCUGAUGAUUAUAUACUUACCAUGUCACCAACAUCUAUCGAUCAACCUGGAACUCCACUAUCUGGAUCUCCAAUUACAACUCCAAUUCCUGACUUUAAAAUGCCUACUUACCCUCCGACGAAUGCAAUGAUACUUCUUAAUGAAAGACAUGAAUUUAUGAAACUUUUAGCGAAUGAUACUUUACAUCAAUUAAAAGUUAUGGUUUGUGGUCCCCCUGUUAUGAUGGAAAGUGUUAGAAUAGCUUUAAACAAGAUUGGUUUCCCAGAUGAAAAAGCUAUCUUUAUAAUUUGA